GGAGGAGAGUGCAGGAGAAUAGAAAGAAUAAUAAAAAAAAAAGAAAAAGUAAGCAGAGAAACCAAGAAGAAAGGAUGCUGCUGCAGCCGAGCUUCUGACUUCUGAGGAGUUGAAGUUCAGAGAUGACUGAGCUGCAGCAUCUUCGUAUUAGACUCUGAGCAUCUCCAGUGUGUGUGUGUGUGUGUGUGUGAGUGUGUGUGAAGCUAUGGCGAGCGCUCAGCCGGGGGUCCAUGCCUUGAAACUCCGGCCUCCCUCGGUCUCACACACCCUGAGGAACGGAAGCAACUUGAUGAAAUGGGACGAGGACUUAUCUACUGUCACUCCAGUGACUCUACAUGUGGAUCCACAUGGAUUUUAUCUCUACUGGACCGACCAGAACAAGGACACAGAACUGUUGGACCUCACCUUCGUGAGGGAUGUCAGAACGGGUAGAAGCACCAAAACAGCUAAGGAAGCUAAGCUGAGGGAGCUGCUCGAUGUUGGAAACCUCGUUGGGCGGCUAGAGAACCGCAUGGUUACCGUGGUUACCGCCUCAGACCUCGUAAAUGUUAGCCAACUUAACUUCAUCGCUUCACAGGAGGACGAAGCCAAGUUGUGGUGUGAGGACCUGUUUUCUCUGUCUUCCAACCUGUUGAGCUACAAUCUCAACAGAGACCACAGUCUGCUGAAGGGGUACGUCAGAUUAACCCUUCAGCCCAACGCAGAAGGAAGGAUUCCUGUCAAAAACAUUGUUCGACUGUUUUCAUCAGACAGAAAAAGAGUCGAGAAUGCCCUGGAGAGCUGCAAACUGCCCUAUGGACGGGGUGACAGUAUCAAACUGGAGGACUUUACUCUUGAUGUUUACCGAAACUUCUUGGACAGUCUGUGCCCUCGCUCUGAGCUCAACAACAUCUUCAAGAUGCAAGGAGGUGGUGGAGGGACAAUAUCGAUCGAUCAGAUGACAGAAUUUAUCAACAGCAAGCAGAGAGACCCGAGGCUCAAUGAAAUCCUCUACCCUCCUCUUCGCCCCACACAGACACACUCUCUGAUGGAAAGAUACCAACAAGACCAAGCACAACUGAAACAAGGUGUGAUAUCUCUCCAGGCUUUUUCCAGUUAUCUGUCCAGUGAUGAGAACGGAGUCAUCCCACCCGAGAAACUGGAUCAGUCUGAAGACAUGAGCUUCCCUCUGUCUCACUAUUUUAUCAAGUCAUCUCAUAAUACAUACCUCACAGCGGGCCAGCUGGCAGGCAGCUCCUCAGUAGAGAUGUACAGGCAGGUGUUGCUGGCAGGGUGCCGUUGUGUUGAAUUAGAUGUGUGGAAAGGACGAACAGCUGAAGAGGAACCUGUCAUAACCCAUGGCUUCACCAUGACAUCAGAAAUCUCUUUUAAGGAGGUGAUUGAAGCCAUUGCAGAGUGCGCCUUCAAGACUUCACCUUUCCCCGUCAUACUUUCAUUUGAAAACCAUGUAGACUCCUUGAAGCAACAGGCUAAAAUGGCUGAAUAUUGUCGAACCAUUUUUGGAGACGCACUCCUAAUUGAUCCACUGGACAAAUACCCUCUGGAACAUGGUGUCCCCCUGCCCAGUCCUCAGGAGCUGAUGGGCAAAAUCCUCAUCAAGAAUAAGAAAUCUCACAAACCUUCCAACGACACGGACACCAAGAGACUAAUUGACCAGCCUGUCAAUCAGAGCAACGAACCGGUGUCUCCUAGCAACCACACGGGAGAGAUGGAGGCUGAGAGUGAGGAGGAGGAUGAUGACGAAGAUGACGAUGGUAAAAAGGGUUCUGCAGAGCGAGAGGCAGUGGCCACAGAAGAAAUGUCAACUCUUGUAAAUUAUGUCCAACCAACCAAGUUCAACUCAUUCGAAGCAUCAAAGAAGGCAGCACGCUGUUACCACAUGUCGUCUUUUGUGGAGACCAAGGCUUUGGAGCACCUCACAAAGUCACCAGUGGAGUUUGUGGAAUAUAACAAAUCCCAGCUGAGUCGAAUUUACCCCAAAGGAACCAGAGUGGACUCGUCAAACUUCAUGCCUCAGCUUUUCUGGAAUGCUGGAUGUCAACUGGUGGCUCUCAACUACCAAAAUAUUGAUUUGUCCAUGCAGCUGAACCUCUUCAUGUUUGAGUACAAUGGUCGGAGCGGCUACAGACUGAAACCGGAGUUCAUGAGGCGUCCGGACAAACACUUUGACCCGUUCACAGAAAACACGGUGGACGGCAUUGUUGCUAAUACUCUCUCUGUGAAGGUGAUUUCUGGGCAGUUUCUGACUGAACGAAGGGUGGGGGUGUAUGUAGAGGUGGAAAUGUUUGGACUUCCUGUAGACACCAGGAGGAAAGCUCUGAAGACUAAAACCUCACAAAACAACAAUGCCAUCAAUCCAGUGUGGGACGAAGAGCCUAUCGUCUUCAAGAAGGUGAUUCUUCCCACAUUGGCCUCUCUGAGAAUUGCUGCUUUUGAGGAAGGAGGGAAGUUUAUCGGCCAUCGAAUAAUCCCGGUGUCUGCAAUCAGACCAGGUUAUCGUUACAUCGGCUUGAGGAACGAGAAAAAUCAGUGUCUAAUUUUGCCAGCCAUCUUUGUUUACAUUGAAGUGAAGGACUAUGUUCCAGAUACUUUUGCAGAUGUGAUCGAGGCUCUGUCCAACCCAAUACGAUACGUCAACCUCCUGGAGCAGAGGUCCAAACAGCUGGCAGCCCUGACUCUGGAGGACGGCGAGGAAGAGACUCAGAAUGAGGACGAGGUGGAUAACAGCGCAGAGCGUAAAAACGAGCACAGACCCGCUCCACUGGAAAAUGGACUCAGUCCCACUUCUGGUCCAGCAGGCCACACCCCCAUCGCUAUGACACCAAAAGCCUCUGCAGCCAAUCAGCAAGCAGCAGCAACAGACGGAGGCAAACCAGCAGCAGCAAAGACCGAAGACCUGGUUUUAGGUGUUUUAAUUGACACACCGGCAUGCACCUUAGAGAGCCUGCAGCAGUCCAAGCUUUACCAGAAAGAGCAGAGACGUCAGUUUAAAGAGCUGAAGGAGCUGGUGAGGAGACACCAGAAGAAAACCUCUGAGCUUCUCCGAGAGUUCAGCAACAAGUACAAGAAGCUGGCCAGACAGUGUAGCAAGAGCAGGAGUUUAGGUUCAGACGUUGAGAAAGAGGAGCGUCUGCAGCAGCUGAAAGAUGAGCAGCAGCAGCAGCUUCUGGCUCUAAGGCAGGAACAGUACUACAGUCAGAAGUAUCUGCAGAAAGAACACAUUAAAAUGUUGACAGAGCGACUGACUAGUUUGGCAGAGGAGAAUCACAACAUCCAGAUGAAGAAACUCAAAGACAUCUGUGACAAGGAGAAGAAGGAGCUGAAGAGGCAAAUGGAUCGAAGGAGGACUGAGAAGAUCAACCAAGCGAAGACUAAAGAGAAACAUCUGGCUGAGGAGGAGAAAAUAGAGAUCAAUAAAUCAUAUGUCAACGAGGUGGUUCAGAAUAUUAAACGGCUGGAGGAGACUCAGGCGAAGCGUCACGAUCAGCUGGUGGAGCAGCACAAUGAGCUCCUGCAAGAGAUACAAGACCAGAAACCAAAGUUGCAGGCAGUCGUGGAUUCAGAGUUUCAAGAGAAGUUUCAGCGUUUGCCUGGAGAGAUUCACGACUUCCUGCAGGACAGGAAGAUGGAAGGCAGAGCUCGCAGCAAGUCCCGUCCGACAAGUCUGCACGAAGCUCUGUCAGAGGAGGACUGAGGGGAAAUGAUGCUCUGGAAAAUGUGAAACAAAGAAGAAUGAAGCUGUAAGGACAAGACAGUAAGACGCAC